AAAGAGCCCUACAUCCGCUUGUGGUGGCUCAUAGUUGAUAUCGAAAAUUCCAAGCCGAUUUUUCAGACCCUUCCUUAGAAAUCCUUCAACAUGAUCUACCAGCGUUCUUUCAUACUGAUAGCUCUCGCCACUUCUCUGUCACUUGUCAUCGCCGAUACCACUUCCAUCUGUUAUUCUUUUGGUGUUGAUUACACCGAUGAGAGAUCUUACUUUAUCAAUUCACUAUCAACGGAUGAUUUCACCAGCGUUUCUUAUUUUCAAGGAUGCAACCAAGGUGUAGCGGACGUUCUCUUCGUCAACCCCGACGACAUAGAAUACCUAUGCUCCCAAAUCCCAACAACUCCAGAGAAUGAGCUUCAGUUGUCGACGUGUCCUAUCAAGAAGAAUCAAAUGGGAUCGGGACACUGGCUACUCCUCAUUCUUGGAAACAAUGGCGAUGGACAACCGUUUGCAUGGCAAAGAGAUCUCUACCUGACUGUCGGUCCACAAGCUACUACGACGUACACCCCGACAGCCACAUUCAGUAUUACCACGACACCAAUGAUAGCCCAAACUACAACUACUACCUCCACUGAUAUCAUCACGACUGGACCUUUAUCGACCGUCACUCUUCCUAGUGGUACUGCCAAGAGAACCAAGACUAUUACGCCUCCCGCAACAACGACUACAUCUACAAAGACAAUGACAAAGACCUCUUUAACUCUUACCAAGAACUUUGCUGUCACUACGAAGACAGUCACCGCCACUUGCACCACCCCAGGCCGUCCAGGUCGGCCCGACAAGCCAUGCCGCUACUCCCCAACCCUUCUUCAUCCCGACGCUCUGGUCACUCCUACCAUUAUACCCAAGCUCCAUCGUUUCAUCCGCAAGUCCGAUCGCGAGGUUGAUUAUGAGUGGGCUCGCGCCCGUGUUGAAGCCGCAAAAGCUAGACGCGACGUAAAAGCUCAGGAGGCUGCUGCACCCCUCGAGCGCCGUGCUCCGGAUGCCCCAGUUUUGACCGUUACUCUUGAUACACCAGUCAACACGACGACCACUAUUACUGCUCCAGCUACCACGACUACAGAAUCUGUUCUACUCACCACAACCUCCACGUCAACCCUUCCCCCUGCCACAGUUUUCUCAGGUCUGUUCACUCAGACGAUCACGCUGCCAAUUCCAACAAAGACCAAAGUUAGAUUUACUUAUGCCACGACGACUAAGACUAUCACCUUCGCCGCUACAUUGACCAAGACGAAGACAACUACGCCAACAUUUUCUGUAACUGCUUGCAAGAAACUGGGUGGUCACUUUUGGUGAUGAAUUGGGCACGUGGGUUUACUUCACUCUGAACUCAUCUCUCUUCUCCUGUUAUCAUCAUUAUUAUCAUCAUUACCAUAUAAUCAAGCU